UGGAUGAGUUGAUGGAAGUGAGCCGUGCUGGAGAAAAGUUACAGUCUGGAAGUUUUCCGCGUCACUUUCUCCGAGUUACCAUGUGAGUCCGCGCGCUUUUUCAGUGACCGUGAACAGCCAGACAGGGUUUCCAUGAUGACCAACCUCAACACUUAAGGACCAACUCCAACAAGGACCGAAAGUCUUUCUAAAACUAAAAAAAAACUUUAAAAAAAACGCCCAUGGUUUCUCCAACUGCCGUCACAGCUGUCACCGCCAUGGCGUGUUCCUCCGCGGUUUCGUUAUGGGCAUUCGCUUUCAGCCUUUCCUUCGGCCUGUCAAAGUGUCACUUCUCGGUUCCGCUCAGGAUACACCCGGGAAAGUUUAACCUCUCCGCGCACGUGAACGUCAGCCAGCUCCACCGAGUGGCGUUGAAGUCCGACGGAAGCGGCCUCUCCUUCGCCUCUGACCCCGCCGGCAUCGUCAACUUUCUGGACAUGGUCGGGAACCUGCAGGGAGACUCGGGGAGGGGAUACUACAUCGAAAUGUCAGUUGGGACUCCCGGUCAAAAGCUGAACAUCCUGCUGGACACGGGAAGCAGCAACUUUGCCAUCGCUGCCGCUCCACACCCGGACAUUACUCGCUACUUCGACACUGAUCUGUCCAGCUCCUUCCAGGCACUUGACCGUUUUGUGGCUGUUAGGUACACACAAGGCAACUGGGAAGGCGAACUAGGCAUUGACAGCGUCUCCAUCCCCAAAGGCCCAAACGGAACCAUCACUGUGAACAUCGCCGCCAUUCUGUCUUCUAAUGGCUUCUUCCUGUCUGGAAUUAAAUGGCAGGGCAUCUUGGGAAUGGCCUAUCCUGCCCUGGCAAGGCCGGACUCAUCCGUGGAGCCCUUCUUCGACUCUGUGGUGAAGCAGCUGGGAAUUCCAGACGUGUUUUCCCUCCAGAUGUGUGGCGCAGGACUGUCGGGAAGCAGCGCCGCGGAUCCACCGGGUGGCAGUCUUAUAAUGGGUGGGGCUGAACCAACGCUGUAUCGGGGGUCGGUGUGGUACACCCCCAUUGUAGAGGAGUGGUACUACCAAGUGGAGGUUCUGAAGCUGGAGGUUGAUGACCAAAACCUGAAUUUAGACUGCAAAGAGUAUAACAUGGAUAAAGCCAUAGUUGACAGCGGGACGACGAUGCUGCGACUUCCUGCCAAGGUCUUCAAUGCGGUGGUAGAAGCUAUCACACGCAGCUCUCUGAUCCAAGAGUUUUCUUCGGGCUUCUGGGAAGGGACCAAGCUGGCGUGCUGGAUGAAGGGAGAGACCCCCUGGAGGGUUUUCCCCAAGCUGUCCAUAUACCUUAGAGCCACCAACACCAGCCAGAGUUUCCGCAUUACCAUCCUGCCUCAGCUCUACAUCCAACUAAUCACAGAUGAGAAUAGCGCGCUCGAUUGCUUUCGCUUUGGAGUGUCUUCUUCUGCUAAUGGGCUGGUGAUUGGUGCCACCGUCAUGGAGGGCUUCUAUGUGGUUUUUGAUCGAGCUCACAAGAGGCUGGGUUUCGCUCUAAGCAGCUGUGCAGUGAGCGGUGAUGUGGCUCUGUCAGAGAUCGCAGGACCUUUCUCUGCGGCGGAUGUGGCCACAGACUGCUCCAGCGGCGUGCCGAAGCAGCCUCUCCUCUGGCUGAUCUCCUACGCCCUGAUGGCAGUCUGCGCCGUGAUCCUCAUCGUCCUGCUGCUCCUGCUGCUGCUGCCCUGCCGGCGGCGAGGGCGCCUCGGGGAGAUCACAGACGAGUCUUCGCUGGUCCGACACCGGAUCAAAUGACUCAGAGGAGCCAGACGAGUGAGCGCGGCGAACGGGCAGGAGGCGGGACGCGGAGAGGCCUACGCCGCUCGCCCACCAUGACGAACAACUGAACGCCCGACUGACCUCGCGCCGCCCUCAUGGGUUUGGCUUUUCGGGACACCUCUGCCCUCUGAAGGGAAUAUCCCCCCCUGAAGUCCUCCUGAAACCUCAGAUGGACACGCACAUCCAGACUUCUGAUCAGAGCACAGAGGAACAGUGAACGUUGAAAAGACAUUCACAGACUAUGACCACCUUUCUAUUUGAAUUGUUUUUUUGGAAAAUUUCCUCCUUUUCUGUCUACUCUGACUCUAUGAGAGCAGAGGGACUUUUCAAGGCUUUGAAAACAUUUUCUGCUUUAAAAACAAACAAACCUCCAAAACCAGGAAAUCUGAGAAAAGACAGUGAGAACGUGGAACGCAGACGAUCAAAGUGGAGUAGACCAUCUUAAGUUUAAUUAGAACAAAAACACUGUAAAGCUUUUAUUUUAGCUUUUUUUUAUUGUUAUUCUUAUUUGUGACUGCAUUGCUGAAUUGUGUUUGACCUUUUGUGGAGACAAAAUGUUGAAUCUGAGAAGGAAAAGCUACUUAUUUAACCAGCGUCUUUGGAAAAGUUGCCCACAUUGACCUUAAAGGCCUCAUUCGACCUUCAAAUGGAUCUGUGCAGGAUGAGCAUGUCUCUGCAGAAUUGCACUUUUUUUUUGGUUGUUGUUUGAAGUCGACAGAUGGAUUUUUCUUCAUCUGUUUUCUUAAUGUUCUAAACUUGUACACUUUCAGCUUUAAAUUUAAAUUCUUUUGCGUGCCACUGUUAUUUCUCUGAGACGUAGUUCUUGCUCAACAUGGAAGUGGUAUUAAUGCACUGCACAUCUGACACAAAGCAGACUCUGUGAAUCUGAACUCUGCCGUACACACGACCGUUUUGCAGUUUUUGAGACGAGAGUUUGAGUUACUGUAAGCGCCGCACAAGCUGUCCUCGCCAUGGAGACGGUCCGGCUCCGUCACUGUAAAUGAGUUGGAGAGGAGGACACGAACCCCGCGGCCCACUAAUACCAUUGUUCAUCGUUUAUUUGAAGGUACGCUAGACUGUAUGAAUGUAUGUUUUUUGUGCCAAAAUGAAAAUUGUAAACAAAUGAACUUUAACAGAUCAAAUCCAUCAAUAAAUCUUUUUGGAAUGUGCAGGA